AUGGAUUCUCCGAGUUCGCGUCAACGGCGUAAAGCUUUUGCAAAAUUGCACCUAUUCAAAUUUGGCAAAGCCACAGCUGGUAAGCCGCAAGAAGAGCCUUUGGAAAGGGAUAAGCACGGCCUGAGAACUUCCGAAAUUUCUGGCGAAUCUGUAUGUGGCCAGGAAUCAAAUGCACUCAAAGAUUUUACAAAUGAGUUGAAAAGUACAGUAUCUGAAACUGUUGUUAAAUCUUUUUCAAACAGAGGAUCAAGGAAAAAAAGACGAAAUCUUGACUCAAGAACUUUUGGCUCUCGUCAGCCGUUCAGGAACAUUUCAUCAUGUGGCAGCAGCUUCAGGCGCAACAGUGUCAAAGCGCUGAAAAAUGCUUAUCAUCCGCCUGGAGGGCUGGAGAUGAUUCUUGCUUCUGUAGAUGAAUCCUUCAACCUUCAUUCUAAUCUGAUUCGUACAAAUGAUUCCUGUUCUCGAGAUAGUGACAAUUCCAAAAAUCCGGAACCUGGAAUUGAGAGUGGUGGGAAUAAAAUCGAUUCUGUUAACUUUGGAGAUAAUGCGCGUCUUAGAACAGAUAUCCCCAAAACCGAUGGUAAUUUCUCCACUGAGAAAGUUGCUGAAAAUGUUAGAGGUCCCAGUGAUAAGACAAACAAAACACUGGUGCAACCAAAGCCUUCAUUUUCUGGAAAAAUUGAUCUAAAGGAAGAUGAAAUUGUGCAGUGGUUAGGCGGCUUGCCUAUCAUCAACCCAGAAAAGAUGCUGAGUUAUUUUUGCGGUAAAAUGGAUCCGAAAAUGAGCAAACUGCGCAACAGACAAGAACCGUAUACGAUUUUUUCUCUUGCAAAACCGGACGAGAGAGUUGAAGACUGGACUAGUGUGAAAGAGCUUCAGAAAGAACUCUACGGCACGUGA